UUAUAGUUACUGAAAACAAAUUUGAUGUUUGCUCUGUUUUACUCAGUAUUGGAAAAAUGGCAACGCUAAACGAAUCGUAUAUGUUAGAACAGAUUCGUCGACAUCUACUCAGCGAUUUCACCUCCAUGGACGAUUUCGCUACCAGUUUGAGAAAUACCGACAUACCCAGUUCCUCUCUUUUCCAUCCCGUCAAACCCGAAUACUCCCAAUCCGAAUCCGAACCCAAUUCCCCCAUUUCGAACCCCAAUAGGCAUUUCAAGCUCGACUUUUCCUAUUCAGAAACGAAACCAAAAAUCGAAGAGGAAUUGGGUUCGGUGAAGGAUUUGGUGGGUUCGAGCUCAAGCUCCAAACAUGGUGUUGGUGGUGGGAGGUCUACAUCAUCGUCGGCAUCGUCCUCCGGUGACGGAGAACAGAGGCAUUACAGGGGAGUGCGGAGAAGACCGUGGGGAAAAUUCGCGGCGGAGAUUCGAGACCCAUCACGAAAAGGAAGCAGGAUUUGGCUGGGGACUUUCGACACGGAUGUGGACGCGGCUAAGGCUUAUGACUGUGCUGCAUUCAAGAUGAGGGGUCGGAAAGCCAUACUGAAUUUUCCGCUGGAGGCCGGAAAGUCCAUCGAACCGCCGGAAAAUACCUCUCGGAAGAGGAGGAGAGUGAAGCGAGAAGAAGCAGAGGAGAUAUUGGAGCCGGAAGUGUUGGAGGCAGAGAGUUGGGUGAUUUGGGGAGGAGAUGAUGGAGUGGUGGUCAACUGAAAAUUGUCAUUGGAUAAAAUUAAGGUGGGGCCGACUUGUCCAUGUAAAUGUAAGCAUAUGUGUGGCGUCCACGUAAAAUUGGUGUCGCAAAGAGAGGGUGGGUGUGGAAAUGUUGAAAGGAAGCUUUUGCAAACACUGAGUUUCUUUCUUUCUUUCUCCUUCUUUGCUCACGAAUGGCCAACUAGUCUUUUUGGUCAUUUACAAUACUAUCUCUAUCUUCAUCAUAUGUUUGGAAUCCAUGAGUUAUCAACUCAUCUUGCCAAAUGGCAAACUAGUUGUGUAUAUAUUUUUGUAUGAAUUGCUUUUGUAAAAAUUAAUGCAAGAAAUAGUAUUUGCAUAAAAACAAAGGAGUGUAGUGAUUUUGAGAUA